CGUAAUCGUCAACGACUAUUGAUAAAUUACUCAAUACUAAAAAAAAAAACCACAUAAUUUUCCCUAUUAGCCAAACUGUAAAAGCACAGAUAAAAGCAACAAAAAACAAAUAAAUUCCCAGUUAAACGUUAAUUGUGUGUCAACGUUCGUAUAAAAGUUAUAGUUUUCGUUAAAAAAAAAACGAUAUGCAAGUUCAUCAAAAUGCCACUGCUCAAUACUGUAUAUCGAAGUAAAAGCAAUCUACAAGAAUCACCACAACACCACCAGUCACAUGGCGGCCAAUGUCUGCUCAAGAGAGUCGACAAUCUGCCCAUCAUUACGGAACAGGAUGCGGACGACUAUAGCCAGAGUUUUGAGAAUGGAACUCAAUUGAAUAGCACUUUGAGGACUGAAGAUGAUUUCAUAGAUCCAUCUUUGACAGCCAUCAAGGCGAGCAGUUCCCUGCAGUCCAAUACAUCCGAAGAGUCCCUCAAUGCCACCAUCACCCUGCAACCGUCCAAUGCCAGCAAACACUUUGAAAACACCUACAAACUGCUGGGCAAACAUCUGCAGACGAAUUGCCAGCGUACGGUGGACAAGCUACAGGAAAUAAGUGGCAGCUCCGACUUUGAAAGCCUUUCAAGCUCCUGCUCUUCCAUGUCGGCGAUUGUCAACGGUAUUGAGCCGCCGCCCACGCGGCUGGAACUCGAAUUGGAGGCAGUCGAUCGCAUGCGCUGCAUUGUGAAGCAAAUGAAGUCUGCGCCAAAGACCACAGAUUCAGCGAUGUCCGUGUCUGCACCUUUGCUGGCCCUGCUCCAUGACUUUGCCUCGAAGGGAGAGCGCAAGAGCAGUGUUCCAGGGACACCUGCCCAGAGUCCCAUCACGGGUCCCGUGGAGGCGCCUCUGUUUGAGCUGCCGGCAGAGCUGCUGCAGGCGGCCAGCUCCUGGGAGCUCAUGUACUAUGCCUCCAAGAAUGUCGAUGGCAAAAACUGUCUCAAAGUUGUACGCAGCCUGCUGACAAAUAAAGUUCUAUGCGGCAACCGUGUUAGCCAGAUGACUCGGGCAUACGAUGACAUUGAAGCCGUGACGCGUCUGCUGGAAGAGAAGGAGAAGGAUCUCGAGCUGACUGUGCAGAUUGGUAAGGAGCUGCUCACACAGAAUAAUGCACUGGAGGCGCGGGUCACCGAUCUGGAGGUCGAUCUCAAGUCAUCCAACGAUGAUCGGGCCCAACUGCUGCACGAGCUGCACAAGAAAAACGAACUGAUAUCGGUGCUGACCAACGAUGCGGAUGAUGGCACAGAUACGGAAACCCCCACCUUUUCCAAGUCCAUCACGCUGGACCUCCUCCAGCGAAAGGUAAACACGCUGCUUGACGAGAACAAAUCCCUCAAGUGCGAGGCCACACAGUUGGCUUACAAAACCGACGAGGUGGAGGAGCACGAACGUCAGCUGAUGGCCGAUAUCGGAGCGCAGCUGAACGACGCCAACUCGCAGUACGACAACAUCAGUCUGGAGUGCGAGAGGCAGCGCGAGGAGAAUCGGCUGCAGCAUGAACAGAUUGUCAGUCUGACAGCCCGUCUGGCCGAGGCCGAGAUGCGGCUGCAUCAGCUGACGCAGGACAACGAUGAGCAUCUGUCGCUGCUGCACGUUACGAAGGAGAACCAGAAUGCCCUCGCCCUGGAACUGGUGGAGUUCAAGCAGCGCUACGAGGAGGUGCUGGCCCUGCUGCACUCAGCCCAGGAUCAGCUAAAGCAGCAGCGCAAGCGAUCCCAGCCGCAGGCGAGGAGCUCGUUCCUGGGUGGACUGGGAACGAGUGGAGCGGUCGGUGGCCUGCUACAUCCGGACUCCCUUCACUGCGAACUGAUGGAAUCGUCGCUGUACUCGGAGAACAGUCUGGACUCGGGCAUCUCCGGGGAUAGCCAGCGGGCGGCGGAUCGCAUAAGCCGCAUGAUGAUGCAGAUGCCUGGCGGCAUGGGCUCGUCCGGUGUCGGUGGCAGUAUUUAUGCUGGUGCGGGCGUGGUACCGCCCUACAAGCGCGUCUUCGAAACGGUCCGGUGUGCCGGCAAGAGCGGCAACUACAUGGACAGCGGCAAUGUGUCGAUGACCACCCUGGGCGCCAUGUCCAUGAGCAGCUCCUCCGGUCCGCGCAUGGCCUCCAUGGCGUAUCCAGCGGGCUCGUACUAUCGCGGCGGUAGCAAUCAGUCGUUGGGCGUUAAAACUCUCUCCAACGAGAGUCUCAACUCCCAGUCCGAUGACGGUUAUCCAGCCCAGCCCUCUGGUGUGCCAGGAGCCCCCGGCGCUAAGGAACUGGAGGCGGCCCUCAAGCGUCUGACGCCUGGUGAGGUUCUGGCUCGCCGCGCAAUGCUCUCCUACGCCCCAGUCGGCACCUACAACUACGAUGAGCCCACGACGCAUGGUGGGGCGGGUGCCUCGCAUUCGAACUUGCCGCUGGGCGUACGCACUCCCGAUAGCAUAAUGUCGACGGGAUCGUCGGGCAUGAGCGCCUCCUCACAUCACAUGUCCGCCUCGAUGACGCAUCAGUGGCGUCUUCCAGAGAAGCUGCAGAUCAUCAAACCGAUGGAGGGCUCCCAAACCCUGCAUCAUUGGUCGCGCCUGGCCACGCCCACGCUCAGUGGCCUGCUGGACGAGCGUCCUGGUGUGACCAUUCGUGGCGGACGAGGCCUGGACGAUCUGGGCAUGCAAAUCUACACGCUAUCCGACGUCGAGGAGGAUGUGAGCGAGGAGCUGCCGGGCAAGCAGUUUGAAGCGGCCGGCUCCACGUUCACGUACACAACGAGCGUGGUUAUGCAUCCGGAUGAUGGUUUCGUCAACGAUCUGUCGUUCUUGUCGCAAUCGCAGAUGUCCUCGCGCAUGGCCUCCACAUCGACAUCAAGACAGCCAAGUUGUCCCGCCACACCGCGUGCUGGACUCUCGCGCAAGAACUCCUGCUCCACAUUCUCGGUGAACCUCGGUCUGGCCGGAAUGCUCAACGAGCGGGGCAUCAAGGCAGUGACACCCAGUGCUCUGAAUACGCCUGCCGGUCCCAACUUCUCGCCCACAGUGACGCCCUGCAACAGUCCAGAGGGUUCGCCACCGCGCUGCCAGUCCCCGGAGCCACUCUUCGGCUUGCUCUCGUCGGGAGCGGAUCUGAUACGCCGCAAGAUUGUGGGGGAUCAGCAGCAUCAGCAGAGGAGCAGCCUCAGCAAGCAGCAGCAGCAGAAGAUCAUGCUGUCGCAUCUGGAGAGGCGCGCUCUCAGAUCACUGAAUCUGAUCGAGAAGGUGGAGAGCAUUGGACUGGAGAACAUAAUCAGCGCACAGCGUGGCCUCGGAGCGGGCAUUGCGAAUCGCAGCAGCUCGCCGAUGAGCAGUGGAAGUCUCCAGAGUCUGCACACCAGCAGCAAUAGCAUCGUGGACGAUAUACACUUUGAUCGGGCACAGAUUAAGGGUGUCCUCCAUCGUGGACUAAAGUCACCCACUCCUUCAUCGUCAUCCUCAGCGGCAGCAGCAGCGGCGAUGGCUGCGACGACGACGAGCAGCAGCACCAGCGCCUACAACAGCGAUGACAGUGAUGAUCAGGGGCUUAUGAUGAAGAUUAGGCCCAAGACAACAUCGACAACAACGAAGGCGGCGGCGGCUGCAGCUGCGGCUGCGCAACAAACGGACGGAGCGAGUUCCUCGACGGGAGCACCGUCCAGCUCUACAGCCAGCGAGACGCGACUGAAGCAAAUGCAGCGCCAGAAGUCGCGCAGACAGCUGAAGAAUGGAAUGGCCAAUCAGAGGCCCGAUCUCGGCACCAUUGCUGGUGGCGGUGGAGGCAGAGUACGUCCCGAUUUGGGCAGAGUAGCAGACAGCGGCGCCAGCAAGGCGUCCGCAUCAAGGGCAGCGGCCAGAAGGGAAGCGGCGGCGGCGGCUAGGGCAGAGGAGGAGGAGGAGGCAGCACCACAGACCAUCACACAGGCGUUUGUCGGUUCAGUUAGUUCCUUGCUGUUUGGCCGCAAGGGCGGUUGGCUGUAGAAGGAAUCCGAUUAUCAUCAGAUGAUUAUCCAUACCUUUAGUUUUAAGCUUGCUCUGGACUGUAGUGUUUACUUUUACGAAACGAAAGCCAAGCCUUACGCGCGAGUUUAAAAUUAGUGUUUUUUAUUUUUUGUUUAAGCACAAGGCGGAAACGAAAUGUAAAUUUAAUUUCGUUUGCCGCAAAGGCAGUAGCAGCAGCAGCAGCCCCCCCCUCCCAAUGCCUGUCAUCGCCACCUAAUAAAACACUGGAACAAGUAGUAGAAGAAGAAGGAGGAUUUAGUGUUUGUAGCUGUGAUUUGUACAUACAUAUAGAAAAAGGAAUGUUUAAAUUUAGUAGUUAUUAAUCAAGUACUUCGCAUAUUAUUACGAUUAUGUUGUUUUGCUUCAAUUUACAAACAAACCAAACGAUGGCCAGUUCUUUUUUUCGUCUAAAUCAAUCGAGUUCCAAAGCAGCUAUACAUUAUACAUGCAUAUAUAUUUUUAUUUUUACUUGAAAUUUUGCCAAUUUUGUAUUUAUUUCACCCUGUGUUUACCACUUAACCGAAACGAAAGAAUUAUUAUAUCGUACAUUUAGUUUUAUUGUUCGAUUCGGAUAUAGACGUAUUUCGUGUCGUUAGAGUCAAAGCUGGUGCAAAACUUGUAUAUAAGAAAAGAAAGAAAGCAUGCAAAAGAGAGAAAGAGAUGAAAUCAAUCUGUAACUUGGAAAUGUGGUGUCAAGCAAAGAGGUACAUAUAUUUUUUUACACGCAUAUGUAGUUUACGUUUUUGCUUCCCCACCACACAACGAGAUGUAGAAAAAAACCUUAUAUCACAAAAAACUAUCGCUUUGAAUCGUGCAUAUAUGCAUGUACUCUAUAUAUAUAAUUAUUUUCGGUGCUUUGCGCACUGCCAUACGCAAACAAAUACACAAACAACUGUAAUGAAAAAAUAUUAUUUUUCUAGUCCUGUCACCUAUGGGUCCCUGGCACUCGUUUGGCUAUGCGGAAUGUAUACAAAUAAUAAUGCAUAGCUUACAAAAACAGAGUGUGAAAUACUCAACGUUGCUUAAUAGAUUUGUUAAGGCAGAAAAUUAAUGGAUUAGCAGCAAGGCGCACUCACUAACUGUCGGUUAUCCUAGAGCGCACUGUCAUAGCCCGAACGAACACACAUGUUAUCGAGACACACACACACACACAGACAGCCGAACCGAACCCGUUGUUAGCUGACAGAUGCGGACUGUACCUAUUGUCAAAUAAUUCUCAACAACUGAAAUGUUGAUCCUGAAAUGAUCCUUAAUUUGAGCAACAAAAAUAUCAUGGAAUAAGAAAAUAUCGAUUUAAAUCAACAAUUAUUAUACAUUUGUGAAAAUUGUACGCGUUAAUUCAGAGGAUUUAAUUUCAUUUGUAAUACGUAAAGGAGUUUCGAGCAAAAGUGUGUGCUCGCAAUACAAAAAAAAAACUUUAAAAAAAACCGAAAUACUAUUAAAACAAAAAACCGAAUGCAGAACAGAAAUGUCAAAGUUAUUAGUUGUAAUUACCAAUAUAUUUAUUUAUAUAUGCAAAAAUAAAGAGAAACAUCGUUAAACACAGAA